AUGUAUAAAUUAUUUAAAUUACUGCUACUUCUUUUAUUAAAUGUUAACCUCCUGCAAACACAAUAUACCGAACGUUGCCUUUUCAUAAAGGACAAUCAAUUUCAACAGUACUGCCGCGGUGUUUAUCCCCAAGAAGUUGCCAUAAAAUAUCACGAUGACUGGAUAAAGGUCGGCGAACCGUUUAUCAUAUAUCGAUCGCACAAAACCCCAACGGAAUAUGUGGUCUCUUUCAAACACUCGCCAUUACAUGAAUGCAAAAUUAUCGAAGUUAUGUCGGCCAUAAAUUUUACUUGUGAUCCACACCAAAAGCAACAACAGCAACAGCAGGACAACAAGCUAAUUCCAUUAUCUUUGCAAAAAGCAAUAGGCGCCUGUUUCCCCAUGAAUUUGUAUGUCAUGGAUGAUUUGCUACGCAUUUGUUUGCAUCAAAAUAAACGCAAUGAAAAGUUAAGAAAAUCAUCGAAAACCGUUUUGCACUAUACGAUGGAGUCUGGCCUGACUAGUGACGCAGCAGUCGGUGUGGCAAUUAAUGUGGCGAUAUGA